UCAAAUUUCUAUCGGCACGCGGAGACUCUUACAUCCUAUUACUCACAGGGACUGGAGCCGGGGAGGUUGGGCUCAACAGUGUGCUCGGAGGAGCAGUCUUUGUUACUUGCAUCGUUGUUGGGGCUGUUUCACUUUGUGUUGCGCAACAGGACGUCCAGAUUGAUAACAAGUGUUUUUGGAUGUGCGCUACUAAUGUGGCAAUAUGACGGAGACAAGAAUCUGUGGAGAUGGAAUGAGGAAGAUACGGAAGCACAUCGGCCAUUGUUUUCAUUUUUGAAGCUAUGUUCUCUAAUGCACUUGCCAUUAACAGUUCCAAGGCGACUCACUGUUCCUGGUCUAAGGUGUGGAUACAUCACGGCUAAGGAUGUUCUUGAAUUAGUUGAGGAACAUAUCCUAAAGGGUGAAAUCGUUGAGAAGCUUUGGAGGGGCCAAAUGGGUACUACUAUUGGCAAAUCAAGUGUGGCCUUAUUUGAUAGCCACAACCCACCAAGUGGACUUGAUACAGUUAAAGUUAAAUAAAAAAAAGAUGCCACCUGGAUUGUGGUUAUUAUAUUGAGCAUCACUUCAGCUGCUACUAUUGCUUAUGGCAUCUACCGAAGAAGAAGGGAGGCUAGGCAAAGAAGAAGAAAAAAAAGAGGAAAGAGGGAGGAGGGAACAGGAAGACCGAAAAGAAAAGAAAAGGAAAACCUGUUGGCGCGGCUGCCGUCUGCUGUCGAUGAUGAUAUAGUAUGUGUAAAUGUAUUAUUGAUUAGGAAUUUAGGGUAAAUUGUGUAUAUUAAUAAUAAUGAUAUUAUAAUUAUGAUUAAUUUUUUA